CCCACACUGAGACGUGGAUAACGACGCCAUCCUUAUAUUGACGGGAGUUUUACAUUACGCCAGUUUCAGGAAGCUCGCGGAAGAUGAGCAGUGCUCUUGUUUUUGUGUUUACUGUGGUUUGGUCGUUUAACGGCAGUAAUGGAUAUAUAAUGUUUGACGAAUUGAAAGUUUUGAACCACGCUGAGGACCAUCUGCGAGGUGAUGUAAUGAAGAUAAAACCGUUCGUCCCACCUAUGAUAAGUCUUCAAAGCCAACCUCCCGAGCGGGUGAAGCCGGAUCGCGAGAAAUCAAUGCCUGGCUACUGGACAGCCGGCGAUACAUCUUUAUUAGGUCUGCUGUUGUCACUGCCCGAUGCCGAUGGUGUGCAAUACGAGGCGGUUGACACCUCGGAAGACUAUGAUAUAGGAGUCGGGGACUCAGACGACGCUGUGGUACUCUGGAAACGGAGUAGAUCAGUGCCGCCCAGGUCACGCAGAUGUGGACAAAUAGCGGGCCCAUUUCGCAUGUUUUGUGAUUCGUAAUUAAAUUCAACAUCAUGACCACGGCGUUCUGUUUUUGUGUAAUAAUGUAUGGACCUUGACCAACUGCAUCAUGGCAAAUUUUGUAUUUUCAAAAAGAAAUAUACUAGAUAUAAAUAAGUUCGUGUGAAUGUUUGUUAAAAAUAAAUACCAUUAUAUCGGUUAUUUUUCAGGUUUUACCAAGUAAAAUAAAAGUAUGAAAAUUA